GAAGUUUGUUUUAACGGUUUGAGACGAUUAUACAAUUGUCAACUUUAAAGAGGACACAUUCUUUUAAACAAAAGAAGUUCAUCUGUUUUUUAACUUGAUAUGGCUUUAAAGGUGUGUUUAUACCUUGAGAGGGAUGAAUAGAUUAGGAAACCCAAUUGGUUAUUUGUUAUUGAACUUUAUUUGCUUUUUCGCGGAAACGUUUAUGUAAUUGCAUCGACGGUAAUUUCAGAGUUUGUAAUUUUUGGGGACAUAUUGCAUGAAUGAAUGAAGUAACGGAUAAUAAAUAACUGUCAUAUUCUAAUAAGAUGUGUCAUCAUAUUUCUGAAUAAUAGUGGAAAUUUAAACAUAAUCGGAGAAGAUUUAAAUGUAUUCAGUAAAUCUAAGAUUACUUUUUCGGUGAAAAUUGGAUUGGACUUAUGUAUCAGAACUUGCAAUUGAAUUACAAAUUUUGUAUUCUUUAUUGAAAGAAGAAUAAAAUUGUACAAAAGCUGCCAUCACUAAAAAUAUUUGAUUACCGAUUACACAUUGUUCGAUUGUGUGUAAACAUUGGAAUCGAAAUAAAACGUAAAUCUGUUUUCACAACGGAGGUAAGGUACUGUGUUAAAAACAGAUAUGGGCGACAUGGAAGACACAACAAGGGACCGUUACAGCAGGCGUCUUUCCAGUGUAGAGGACAUAUUUAAAAUUCCCGACAUGAGUACAGUUUUUCAGGUAAUGAAGGACUUUGGUAUAGAUCGACGAGGAAUAAAAAAUAAAAACGACGCUAUGAACCGUGUUGUGGAAUACUGGAAAGGAUUACAAAACUUAACGGAAAACAACAAUAAGAUCCAGUAUGAUUUAACAGAUAUUUUGCAAGCUGACGAAGAAAAUCGACGAGUUUUAACAGAAAAAUGCGAAGACGUUAACAAUUUUCUCCUGAAAUUACCGAAGAAUCAUGAAGCUGAUUUAGAAAACUUCAUUCCUGGGAUUUACCACAGACUUAAAACCAUGAAAAGCAAGUUAAGGUCAACUGAAUGUCCGAUACUUGUUACAGGAGAAACAAAUUCGGGCAAAAGUAGUUUCAUCAACCUCAUUCUGGGCCAUGACCUGUUACCAGUUGGUUGUCUUCCUACAACAAGAACUGUAUGUGAAAUAAAGGGAUCCAAGUCCAAUGAAAGAGUUGCAAUAAUUCAUCGCAAAAUUGUUAAAAAUGAGCGCCGACAUGCACCGAAAAUACUCGACCUUUCAGAAUCGGUUAAUUUUGAAAAGUUUCAAAAUCUUGUAACCGAAUUUGAUACACAGACCGGGGAAUCUGUUUAUGACAAAAUUGAAAUAUUUUGGCCAAGCCAACUGAAAGAGGCCGGUUUAAAACUGAUUGACACACCUGGUGUAGGUGAAAAUAGAAAUGUUGUACCAUUGAUUGAAAAUUGUGCUUCUAAAGUGUCUGGAUUUAUAUACAUCAUUAAUAGUUCAUCAGCUGGAGGCUUACAGAAAAGGGUUCGCCAGUUUUUACGUUCGACGUCGUCUAUUUGUGACCAAGAAUUUUCAACAGAUGCUGCUAUGUUUGUAUUCAACAAAUGGGACACUGUACCGGAGGUUGAUCGAUCUGAUCUAACCAAGACAACCUUGUCACAAUUGAAGAAGCUGUUUCCAGGGAUACAGAAGGACCAGCUCUUUUACAUUUCGGCAACAGAAUCGUUAAAGGUAUCAAGACAUGGCGAUGAACCAGAAGACUUUACAGCUAUCAACAACGGACUUGUAAAAAUCAUUCCAGCGUGUUUGAAAAAUGGCUUUAAUUUACAUUAUUGUUUUUUAUCACAAGUGAUCAAAAGAGUUCUAUAUUCAUUAAAUCUUGCUAGACACAUGGAUUCAAAAGGUCUGGACGAAAAACGGAAAAUGCAAGAAAGUUUAAAGAACGGAAUUCAGCUUCUAGAAACUAACACUCACAGAGCUAUCACAAAUCUACGUCUCCAGCUAAAAAACGAGGCAAAGCUCUUAAAUAUUCGAGUUCAAGGGUUUUUAAGAUCUUCCUGGGUAGAUGGGGGAAUUGAAGAAUGGAACAAAGAGGAAUGCCCGGAUGUUCUUGGAAAUUGGCGAAAGGUUGCAGAGGAGGCCUCAGACCAGAUCAUACAGAAAUUCAAAUCACAGAUUGAUUUUUGGGAACGAUCAGAAGGCAUAGUGAAAAGUGUUAAAGAAAAGAUUAGUGAACAACUUCGACAAGAUUUUGAGUUAAUGGAAGACAGGAUUAAAGAACUGGAAGGAGUAAUGCUGGGAGGAGAUAUAAAAACUGUGAAUAACUUUCAUACCUCAGUAAAAGCACCUACGAAAUCGAUUCAACAGUUAUUUUCUAGCGCUUCUAGACGUAAAGUUAUAAAUAGAAAAAGUCUUGGAACUGUCGUUUGUCUUGAUCAAACAUUAGAUCUUACCUCAAAAUCGGUCAAAAGUUUAUUCAAAUCUUAUAAAAAGGACAAUUGCCAACAAAAAAUGAAAGAGGCAUCAAAAUUGUUCGUUGAAUCGUUGCGGGAAAGUGGGAAAUUGGAACAAAACGUAAACUUAUAUUUACAAAGAUUCGAUUCUAGUAUAACAGUAUUGGAAGAAAAGAUACCACACAUAUUACAGACAGAUAGACAACUAUUUGAAAAUUUGAAUACUGAUCUUUCAAGAUCAAAGAAAAAUUUAGAGGAAUUGUAUCCACAAAUAAUUGUCGAAUGUCUGAAAUUGCAAGGCGAACUUGACAUGUUUUACGUUCAAAACCUACGGAAAGAAAAUCCAAGAUUUCAAGAUGUCACAUGGAAUGGGAACGAUCUCAUUGGCUGUGGAAGUUUUGCCGAUGUGUAUAUGUCCCGUUUAAAAGACGAUGAAGAUAAUUUCCAGGACGUUGCAGUAAAAAUGUACAGAACACCUCUAAAAGCAAAUAACGUAUCUGAUAUACUAUUGGAAGAAAGAACGUUAAGAGAUCUUUCGCAUAUAAAUAUAGUGCAAUACCACGGCUCUACCAUACAGCACCACAAGCGGAGUGAUAAGACGGUUAUAGUGUUGGCACUUAUUAUGGAAUAUUGUUCUGAUACAUUGUUAGACAAAGUGAUAAAUACUGAAUUUAAAAACGCCGGGAAAUGUCAUUCAAAUGAUCCAGAGUACCACACGUCCAUGGAAAUAUCGUUAAAAUAUGCUGUACAGAUAUGCGAAGGCCUGAGUUACCUUCAUUUAAAAAGUCUAGUUCAUCGGGAUCUGAAACUUGCCAACAUAUUGGUAACGAAGGAAAAUAUUGUGAAAUUGUCGGACGUUGGUCUUACAAAAGCGGAAAUAGACAUUACUGCUUCUGCUGUUGGUUCUCCAAUUUAUAUGGCACCGGAAGUUCUGAAACAGGAUGUAUGCUAUGACCGGAAGGCAGACAUAUAUAGUUUUGGAAUCUUAUUGUGGGAAAUUUGGUAUGGUUACGAAGCGUCCGAUUAUAUGAAAACUUUAUUUCGUUCUUCAGUAGAAGUGUCUGUCGCGGAAGAAGGACUUCGCCCACCAUUAACAAUUCAUUGUCCGCCACCAGACGACAUGAAGAGCGUGAUGGUAAGAUGCUGGCACAAUAACCCGGAAGUCAGACCAGAUGCUAGAUGUUUAGUUUCCUUCUUUGAAUCUGUUCUUGAACAGAAGGACGAAUUAGAAUUAAAUUCAUUGUGAGACUUUUUGUUACGUCGGCAUGCGUGAUGUGUAUUAAAAUACAGUCAUGAAUCAACAGAACAAACACCAGCAUGUAGAAGACAAGCAACAAGAACAUAAUGUUUAGAAUCUUACUCUCUAAUCGAUGCACAGAUAAAAGCGUUUCCAAAUCUAUGUAAUAUAUAUGUCUAAUUCACUUUAAAGUGUGGCAUCAAACAUAUUUUGGUGCAUUCUUAAUAUUUUUGUUGUUGUAGUUUUUCAUUGAAAAUCGUUCUUAUUGUUCAACAUGUACACCGACGGUUAAACAUUCCUGAUGUAUUCCUUGGCUAUUUUGCUACAUAAAUAUAGUUUUAGUAGGAAACGAACCUUUAGACAUAAACAUUAGCUGCAAGAAAUAGUGUUAUGAAAAAUAAUUGGGUGCAUUUAAUUUUAGGAUAAAUAUUAAUUUAAAAAAACUAAAUUGAACUUAUGUGGAAGAUUGUAUUAAAAAGAUGAUUUAUAUUGUUCGUAUCUUUCUACACAAUAAAGCUCUACCUCUAGAUA